CGGGCUGACAGGAUGGGUGUGGAGCGGUGCAGUCACUGGUUACAGGACAGCUCUCCUCGUACCUCACAGCGGCAGAAGUGAGAGCACCUCUGUACAGUGAGGGAGGCGGCAACUGCCCAAAACCUCCUCCUUUCUCGGCUGACUCCUGCCGCCUGCCACAGGGGGAUGAUUUUGAGUCUCCGGAAAUGAUGAAAAUAAGGAUUGAAAACGAGAGAGAAGAGUGAGGGAAGGAGAGAAAGUUUCUUCAGUGAGUGCUUCCUCCAGACUUGUCUUUGGUUACAUUUGUGUUUCCUGCGGAGAGACCUGGCAGAUGUCCCAAGCGAAAGAACCUUUUUCUCCAGGGCCUACAGGGCCCGAACAAGAUACUUCAGCUAAAGAGAGCCUGCUGAUCUCCCUUCCCUUGGAAAAAUGUGAAAAGAACAAUAUGGAUGUGGAAAACACAAAUGAAAGUCAGUACUUCAAGAAUAAGGGUGUACAAACAGAUUUAGAAGAUUGCUCUAUGUUGGCGAAUAAGUCAGAUGCCAUUAUAAAAACCCAACCUCAGAGUCUGCCUCAGCCAAAUAUUUCAGCACUGGAACAGAGCGAGGAAGAAACUGGCAAGAUACAAAAUGGUCAUGUAGGUCUGAGUAAUAUCAAUGGAAUCCACAAUGGGGUCAAACAUAUUGCUGCAGAUCAUAGAAAGUUAUCAGCUCCUGUUUCUCAAAAAAUGCACAGGAAGAUCCAGUCCAGUUUGUCUGUGAGCAGUGAUGGCAGCAAAAAAAGUAAAAUGAGUUCAACAUAUUCUCAAAAACCUGGCGCCUCACCAGAAGAUUGCUGUGUUCACUGUAUCCUAGCUUGCUUAUUUUGUGAGUUUGUCACACUCUGCAACAUAGUAUUGGGACAAGCUUCUUGUGGCAUCUGUACUUCUGAAGUCUGUUGUUGCUGUUGUGGCGAAGAGAUGGGAGAUGACUGCAACUGCCCUUGUGAUAUGGAUUGUGGAAUAAUGGAUGCCUGCUGUGAAUCUUCAGAUUGCUUGGAGAUUUGCAUGGAAUGCUGUGGAAUUUGUUUUCCCUCAUAAAGCAAACUGACUUUGAUCUUCAAAAACUGGAGUUUUUAUUUCAAUUUAAAAUGACUUUUAGAUUUCUAGAACUCUUCCUUUUUGCACUGCUAUUUUUUAUUUUAUAUGAAUUACUGGAAAUUAAAUUUGUACAAAAAAAUGGAAAUAGAAACAGGUAAGAGAAUUUGUAUGCUGCCCACUUCAGCUGUUGCAAGUGAUUGUUAGGAUCUGCCAUCAUUUGGGUUCCCAGAUAAAUGGCCACGUUCAGCUGUGUAGGACAGAGUUAUAGCACCUAAAUAGACCCUGGACAGCAGUGGCGCAGAGCA